AUGUCCACCUCACCACCACCAACAACCACAACCACAACCACAACAUCCCAAACAACCCCAACAGACCAAACCACAAUCGCCCCGGAAACAACCGACCAACGCACCGCCGAAGCCAAAGCCGCCUUCACAGCCUCCCUCCGCUCCGUCGGCGCAAACUACGAAACCGCGCUCCGCGAUCGAGCCCGCACUCUCCACGAGAACGCUACCGUGCUCGACAAGCAAGAGGCCGAUGUGCGGCGGGCGACGGAGCAACUCGCCAAGCAGAAUGACCAGUUGGCCAAGGUGGCGGAUCAGGCGAGGGAUGGGUUGAAGGAGAUCGGAGAUGUGCAGAAUUGGGCGGAGUUGAUUGAGAGGGAUUUGUUGAUUGUGGAGGAGACGGUGAGGUUGGCGGAGGAGGGGGAGGAGGAGGAGGAGGGGGAUUCUCGUGGUCUUGGGAAUGGGGUAGAUCGGGGGUUGGAGGGGAAUGGGAGGGUUAAUGGGUUUGGAGAGGAGGUUGAGAAUGGGAAUAAGGAUGGAAAGAAGGGGAAGGGGUGGUUUCAGUGGUGGUGA